AUGGAUCCGCUGAGUGUUUGUGCCAGCAUUAUAGCCGUGCUCCAGAUUACCAGUUCUGUCAGCUCUACAUGCAUGCAAUAUGUGAGAUCUGCUAAAAACGCAAAGAUAGAACUCCUGAGACUUAUCCAGGAACUUGGCGGUCUCCAAAUCGUCCUCACAACCCUCAAAGAGCUGACAGAGCGGGAGAGAAAUUUGAUGGAGGAUGAGAAAGGAUUAUUAUCAACGGGUGAAGACCAAUAUCUACUCCCUACUUUGGGGAGGCUCUGCAAACUGGAAUAUGUGUUCGAGGAGUGUCUUCGGAAAUUGAAACAACUCGAGCGAGAUAUCACCCCACCAAGCAACGACCUCUCAAUGUCAAAAAAGGAAGGAAUUAUCCGUGCUUUGAGGUGGCCGCUUAAGGAAGCGUAUAUGAGGUCAAUCUUGGAUGACAUCAACAAAUACAUUACGCUGUUUAGCUUGGCAUUGACGCUGGACGAAACAAAUGCCAUGCUGGACAUUCGUGACACGACUCUGGAAACAUAUUCUACAGUGCAGAGUCUCAAAGCAAUUCAAGACGACGAGAAGAAACGUCGAGAUGCCGACGAUAUUGUCCAAUGGCUCUGUGCGCCAGAUGCGUCAGUCGAUUAUGCAGACGCCCUCCAGAGGAGGGUGAAGAACACAGGCUCCUGGCUUAUUUGCGGAAAGCAAUAUAGUCAGUGGAAGUGUUUCUCGCGCUCAUUAUUGUGGAUCCAUGGGACUGCUGGGUGCGGUAAGACCAUCCUUUCAUCGACCGUCGUCGAGGACCUUUUGCUUCAUUGUGGGUCUGAUCUAAAUCUUGCUGUGGCAUACUUCUUCUUCAAGAUGGAUGAUGUGUCCAAGAGAAAUCACACUGGAUUGUUACGUUCACUUAUUAAACAGCUAUUUGAGCGGAGCAAUCGAAAUUCUCAAGCAUUGACACAGCUUUUCGGUAAAGGAGACCAGCAGCCCGCGUCCAGUCAGCUUCUGUCUAUAUUGUACAAUAUGGUAUCAGAGUUCAGUGACACGUAUAUUGUGUUGGAUGCAUUGGAUGAAUGCGAGGAAAGAGGCGACUUGUUCGAAAUAUUAGAGGAGAUGGGACGGUGGGAGGGAGUGAACAUUCAUCUUUUGCUGACAAGUCGCGAUGAGAAGGAUAUCAAGGAUUCCCUUGAGUCCGUUGAUAUGAGGCAGGAUCACAUAAAGCUGUCAGCGGCUGUGACAAAGGAAGAUAUCCGUACUUACAUCCGGGAGCGGCUAAAAACGGACAGAGCCCUGAAGAGAUGGCGAGCACACCCGAAAGUCCAGGAGGAGAUUGAAAAUUCUCUGACAGAAAAGUCGGAUGGCAUGUUUCAAUGGGUGAUGUGCCAAUUGAAAGCUCUGGAGAAGUGCUUCAGGCCUUCGCAACUACGGAGGGCUCUAGAAAGUCUACCAGAGACUCUGAACGAAACUUAUGCUCAGAUGCUCGGCAGAAUAAGCGAGGAAAACUACGAACUCGCCAUGAGAAUUUUCUAUUGGCUUCUUUUCAGUGCUCGUCCCCUACGUAUUGAAGAGCUUGCCGAGCUGGCCGCUGUGGACUUCGACGGCGAUCCUCUGGUCGUUGAACGAUUUUGGGAGCCCGACGAAAUUCUAAAGAUUUGCCCUGGAUUUUUAACAACGAUGGAAGAGCGCAAUGAAAGCAACGACAGUGAGCCAAAGAUCUUGGUCAGACUAGCACAUAUAUCAGUGAGAGAAUAUCUCCUCUCACACGAUAUUCGGAAGGGGCAAGCUGCAAGAUAUCAGAUUGAAGAAACCGCUGCACAUAUAUCAAUCACAGAGUGCUGUCUCUUGUAUAUGCGAUUGUUUGAUAAGCCGCUCCCUGCUGCUGAAAAGGAAUUCCCACUUGCUCUUUAUGCAGCCGAAAAUUGGCUUUACCACUACGAAAGGGUUCCAGAGCAGGCAGAAAGAGCACAUGACUUGGCUCUAGAAUUCUUCUUGAAAAGGAAGGAGGCCUACUCGAAUUGGCUGUCCUUUUUCUGCUCAUUAUCCCCUCCAAAGUUUCACCCUGACCUUCUUGACUCUGUCUCUGACUCGCCACUCAAUGUGGUGGCGGCUUAUGGACUCGUGCCAACUCUUAAGCGGAUGUUCGCAAAUGAUGAAAUUGACACUAACAGUGAGUCAGCCCUGAAGGGGGCAUUACGAUCUGCAUAUUUGGGUCGUCUUCCUCCCCGCUCCAAUAUCGAAACGACCAGACUUCUUCUCCAACAUGGAGCCGAUUUCGGCGGCGAUUCGAGAUUUUCCCACACUCUACAUGCUGCAAGUUACUUUGGGUUUGAUGAAAUUGUCAAGAUACAGCUUGAAGAAGGAUUUGACGUCAACACCCGGGGAGGGGAUUUUGAGACUGCGCUGCAGGCCGCUGUAGUAGGGAGACACGACCGCCAUUUCCACGCGAUGUCUCAAACGACAUGGCCCACAGACUGGCCAAGGCCAGGCGAGUUCCUUGAGAAUCUUGUUCCUACGACGGUCAAACUUCUCCUCGAACAGGGAGCCGAUCCAAAUAUCUGUGGCGGGCGAGAGGGAUCUCCGUUGCUAGCUGCCUGCUAUAAGGGAGACCUUCCAUGCGUCGAACUACUUCUUGACUAUGGUGCGGAUCCAAAUUUUGGAAUUGAAAACAGACGGGGCAAUAUGAGUUUUAAUCGCAGCUGUCUUUCAGCAGCAUGUUAUUCAGGGGACGUUCGAAUUGUCAAGCUACUGCUCGACCACGGUGCUCACAUCAACAGUCACUGGGCUUUGGCAGCUGCUACCAUGGCCAAGGAUGUUAAUAUUAUCCGCCUUCUCCUUGAGAAUGGUGCAGACCCCAACGUCUCUGAGGACGACGAUUUGGAGUUUCCUCUUCAAAUUGCUUGUAACAACUCCCACCUCCAAUCGGUUGAAGUACUUCUGGAAUAUGGAGCCAAUCCUAAUAUUGGCCACGGUCAAACCGGGACGCCAUUACAAGCUGCUGCCUCGACAUAUGGUUCUGUGGAUAUUCUGAAAGCGCUGAUCGACAAAGGGGUGGAUGUCAAUUUCAUCGGUGGACGGUAUGGCACUGCUCUUCAAGCAGCCUCAUAUUUUGGCGAUGUCGAGAUGGUGCAGUGCCUCAUUGAUAGAGGUGCCGACGUUAAUAUCCAAGCAGGAUUCUUCGGAUCGGCACUUCGCGCAGCGUUGGGUUACCCUCACAGAGACGUCGUGGUUGUCCUCCUAAAGCACGGAGCAGAUGUGAAAACUGCUGGUCCAUACGGUGAUACGCUGCGGAAGUCAUUGGUAUCGAUUCCUCGAGAUGAGUCCGAGGUCUUUAUUGAAAUACAAUCUGAGAGGUUUGAUUCCGACUACCUGGUUAUACGAAAGCCGAUAGGUACAUCCUUUUGGGACUUCGACAAGCUUGACAUCGAAGAGUUUAGAGUACAGAAGAAUGAACCGCCACCGAAAUGCGUCUGCAGCGUGUUACCAUCAGUACGCUAUGAAUUACUUGCAUAA